UUCCUGAAACGGCACGAUUGACGCUCGCUCUGAAAACGAAAGUCAAAAAGAGGGAAAAGACUGCACAUGGUUUAAUUGGUAGCAAGUGCGCAGCGUUGAAGCAAGUUGUGAACGGUCAAAAUUCGAGUUUGCUGUUAAAUAACAAAAAAUUUGCUCGCGUAAUUUUGAUAGCAUAGCUGUAUUUGUCGUAGUAUGAGCCAGUGGAAGCGUAUUCAGCAGUUAGAGAUACGGCACUUGGAGCAUGUGGAUUACUUAUAUGAUGAUAACUUUCCCAUGGACAUCAGACAGGGACUGGCCUCCUGGAUCGAGGCUCAAGACUGGGAGCUUGCCUCUAAUGAUGACUCUGUUGCGGCGGUGAUGUUCAGUAACCUUUUGACCCAAAUGGAGAAGGUCCGAUCACAGGAACAAAACUUUCUACAGAGACACAACAUGAAGAUAAUACACCAACAACUACAGGUGAAAUACGCGUCUAACCCAGCAGUCAUGGCCCGUGUCAUCUGCAGCUGUCUGAAAGAGGAGCAGAGGAUCCUGGAAAGUGCCUGCAUGCAAGAACAGGGUCCACUGGAAAAGUCACUGCAGAACUCUGUGGCUUUGGAAAGGCAGAAAAACAUAGACAACCGUGUGGCGCUGAUCCGAGGCAGCGUGCAGCUCAUGGACCAAGCAGUGAAGUUCAUUGAGGACAUGCAGGACGACUUUGACUUUCGCUACAAGACGCUUCAGUCUCGAGACCAGGCGGAGAGGAACUCUGAUCAUAUGAAACAGGAAGUAACACGGCUCCAGGAAAUGCUCAACCGACUUGACUUUAAGAGGAAGGAGGUCCUGUCUAAGAUGGACAUUGUGGUGAAGGAGAUCGAUGAUGUGAUGAACUCUCAGCUGUACCCGGAGCUUCAGGACUGGAAACGGCGACAACAGAUCACAGCUAUCGGAGGACCUCAGCUUGUCGGGAUUGAACAACUGCAGAACUGGUUCACGCUGACAGUGCAGAGCCUGUUCCAGAUCAAACGGCAGCUCGAUAAACUUGGAGAACUGGUUUUAAAGGUGACGUAUGAGAGCGACCCCAUCCCACUGCAAAAACCCCAAAUGGAAGACAAACUCAAGUACCUCAUCUACCACCUCAUCAAAAGUUCAUUUGUUGUGGAGAAGCAGCCCUGUAUGCCCACACAUCCACAGAAACCUCUCAUUAUCAAGACAGGAGUCCAGUUCACCACCAAAGUCAGGUUGCUGGUAAAACUUCCUGAAGUGGAUUAUCAGCUCAAAGUUAAAACAACAUUUGACAAGGACCUUCCACCUGGCAGAGUUCGUCAGUUUUUCAUUCUCACAAACAACACUAAAGUCAUGGACAUUGAGGAUUACUCUAAUGGCUGCCUCUCGGUGGAGUUCAGACACCUGCAGCUGAAGGAGAAGAAAUACAUCAACGGGACAAAGGGAAAUGAGGGUCUGUUGUCAGUGACUGAGGAGCUCCACUCUCUCAGUUUUGAGGCUUGUUUCACGGUGCAGGGCCUCACCAUCGACCUGGAGACAUGUUCACUCCCCCUGGUGGUCAUCUCUAACGUGAGCCAGCUGCCCGGAGGCUGGGCUUCUGUCAUGUGGUACAACUUGCUGACCGAUGAGCCAAAGAAUCUGACUUUCUUCGCGAACCCUCCUCGAGCAAACUGGACUCAGCUGUCGGAGGUUCUGAGUUGGCAGUUUUCAGUUCAGGCCGGACGAGGACUGGACAAGGACCAGCUCACCAUGCUUGGAGAGAAACUACUGGGUCAUCAUGUCUCCUGCAGUGACUUUCAGGUGUCUUGGUCCAAGUUCUCAAAGGAGAAUAUUCCAGGAAAGUCGUUUAGUUUCUGGAUGUGGCUGGACUCGAUUCUGGAGUUGAUCAAGAAACAUUUACUGCCAGUCUGGAGCGAGAAUUAUAUAAUGGGAUUUGUGAGUAAAGAGACGGAACGCACUCUGCUAAAGGACAAAGACCCUGGGACCUUCCUUCUGCGUUUCAGUGAGAGUCACCUCGGAGGGAUCACUUUCACCUGGGUCGACCGUGGAGACAACGGAGAAGUCAAAUUCAACUCAGUGGAGCCUUACACCAAAAGCAGACUGAGUGCUUUACCGUUUGCUGACAUCAUUCGAGAUUAUAAAGUAAUUUCAGACGGAGUGGUACCAGAAAACCCACUGAAGUUCCUCUAUCCAAAUAUACCCAAAGAUGAAGCAUUCGGACGACUCUACAACAGCCAGCCAAGCAAAGCUUAUCCCUACAUCCCGUCCACACUCAUCCCCAUAUCUGAACUGCGAAGCAACAGCAGCAGCAGCUGCAGUGUGAUCAGCACCCCUCCGCCCUCUCAGUCCCCUGAACCCCCCAUGACCCCUGGAGAGUUCAACAUGCUCAACGAACACCUGUGCUUUGACAUAGACUCCAUGACAUCCCCAUAUUCUGACUGAAAGUUGAUGACUUUUUUUUCUGAAUCAACAUUCUCCCAAAAUGACCCUAAGUUGAUCUUGACUUCCUGCGACUUGGCUGAAUCUUCAACCUCAAGAGUAAAAGACUGUUCCUUGUUCCAGUGAAGUUUGAUUUCUGGUUUUCUAUAUCGUGCUAAUGUAUUUGGUCUGUUGUUUUAUUUGUUUCUAUUUUUAUUAUGAGCUUGUGUUUUUGUAUUGUUUUGUGUCUUCACAGGGGAGGCUCUCAAUUAGAUUUUUAUUUUUAUAUUGCCCAGUCCUGGUCAUGAUUUCAUGUAUUUAUUUUCACUCGCUAAAAAAAAGCAUAUUAAUACAUUAUACAAGGGAAUGUGAAGACAGCUUGAUGGCUGGUUAACAAAACAUUAGGUGGUUUAACAUGUGGUAACCUCAAUACAAAUUGUAUAAAUAUGUAUAAAAUAAAAUGGUACAAAUA